AUGACCACAGACAGUAGAGAUGGUAUGACGGACAGGGUAGUCACAUCCGGCAUCGUUAUGAAUGGCAAGGGAGAAGACAUUGAGAUGCUCUUUAGACCCACCCAAAAUGAUUGUAUUUCUUUGCAGGUUCCGGCAGUAUUUUGCUGCCUGGUAGCAGUAACAUACGCCGCUAUAGCACCUGGUCAGAAUGCCUACUUGCCACCCAAAGAAGGUUACAACUAUCCCCGUCCUCCUGGUCCCAGUUUCCCACCACCUAGACAACCAACGCCCCCUAUCCAACGACCCUCUCCACCUAGACCAACUUACGGACCUCCCGCACCGGCUCCCACACGUCCUCCACAAGCUACAGUACCUCCACCGUACCGACCUUCUCCUAGUCCGUUUAGACCUUCGGCUCCGGUGACGCCUUUCAAGCCUACACCCGCACCUCCUCAACCUUCAACACCGUCUUAUUUACCUCCAUCACCACCGAGUCAGCCUCCAUAUAGACCACCAUCGCAAACGCCCCCACCGUAUAGACCUCCACCAACGUCACCUCCGUUUAGACCUACCGGACCUCCAGUUACGUCACCACCUUACAGACCUCCGUCCACACAGCCACCAGGUUACCUUCCCCCACAAAUUCCUUCCAUUCGUCCCCCAAGUCCUCCACCCUACCGUCCACCUCCCAGCCAACCACCUUCCUACAGACCACCAUCACCUCCACCUUUCAGACCUUCUCCGCAACCCCCUCGACCACCACCAUCUUAUGUUCCUCCAACAAGCAGACCAUCGCUACCUCCACAACGACCAUCGUAUAGGCCUCCUAGUCCUGCACCACCAAGACCGACUUAUGGAACACCAUCACCUCCAGGACCACGACCAAACGUACCGCCAUCUGAAGGCCAACCGUUCCAAACAUAUGGCGAAAAUGACCAUCUUCUAGUUCCACACAGUCCCGGAAAUCCUUUCGAUUUCAACUAUGCAGUGAAAGACGAGUAUGGCAACGACUAUUCUCACAAUGCCAUCAAUGACGGCGAUACCACCAACGGAGAAUAUAGAGUACAGUUGCCAGAUGGAAGAACCCAAGUUGUCAAAUAUGUAGCAAAUUGGGCCAGCGGAUUUAAAGCUAAGAUAAGUUAUGAAGGUCAGCCUACGUAUAGACCUCAACCUAUACCCACCGGACCUCAAAGACCUACUGGGCCUACUGGACCAACUGGACCUGCCAGACCACCUGGACAACAAUAUACACCAAGCGGAGGCUAUAAAUAUUAAGCGAAAUACAAAUUAAGUUUAAAUUAAAUAAAGACAACUGCAGAAUGUAUUAACGUUAAGUGAGGAAAGAAAAGAAUGAAAAAAAAGUUCCAUUUAUAAUAAUUUUGAAGUGAGAAAAAUAAGUAUUGUUUAAUUUUAGAAACGAUAAAUAUAGAAAAAAAAUGACGUCAGGGAUGGCUUGGAAAUAACGGUCGCUGUCGUUUUAUUUGUAAAAUUAUAUGGUUAUUGUCAUCGAUCGUCAUUUGCAAGCUAACUUGACACCAAUUCUUUUCAAUGAUAGGGUGUAUUUUUGUAUUAAUGCAUAUAGUAAUGAUUUUGUAUAUACCUAGGCACUUUUUUACAAUUUUGUAAUUAGGAUAUAAGAAGCGAGAUCUUGAAUUUACUAGAAUAUAAAAAUCUUGACACUAACUGCAAAAUAAGUUGUAAA